AUGCAUGUCAAUAAAUUUGGUAGAUCAUACAGCCUUGGUAAAUCACUUGAUAGUGAUUUAAGGCGUCUAAUUAUUGAUGAAUGCCUUAAGUCUGGUGGAGAUGCAACUGUUGGUUACUUGCCCGUCACUUACGUAGAAAUAGCUAGUCGAUUCAGUAUCUCUGCAAAUACAGUUUCCAAAAUAUGGAAGAAUUUUUGCUACCAAGGACGAAAGGUUGAUCCAUCACCAAAAGGCGGAGAUCAUUCAAGCAAAUUUUCUGAAGGGGAUCUCGAACUUCUUGAGGUUCUUAAGCGAGCUCAUGGCACAAUUCAGCUGAAUGAAUUAUAUGCUAUACUUGAGGAAUUUGGUGAUUGUGGUGAAGUUUCGUUGUCAUCGAUUUCACGAGCAAUAAAAUCCAGACUUCUGUCCGGAAAACGAUAUACUCGGAAGCGUAUUACCAGCGUAGCCUUUGAGCGCUUUACUGAUGAAAAUAUGAUUUAUACUCAGCUUUUCAUCAACUACCUAUCUUCAAAAGAUCCGAGAAGGAUUAAGUUCUUUGAUGAGGCGGGGGUUAAGACGCCGUGCAUCGGUACACGUUUAUACGGAAAUGCGCCGUCCGGGGAACGCUGCGUGGAAAUUGUUCGAAAAACAGAAUCUCCAAAUUUUACUUUAAAUUUACUGAUUUCAGUCAAUGGCCCUGAAUAUUACAACAUUCUGGAUGGCCCAACUGACACUGUAAGGUUCUGGGAUUUCUUCUGGGAGGCUUCUCAAGCAGCACAUGAGAUAACUCGACGUCCUGCUCUCGAAGUAGGGGAUAUCGUUGUGAUGGACAAUUUAGCUGUCCACCACUACGAAGGCGGCCAAAUUCUCGAAGAAGUUUUAGCUGAGAUGGGUAUCGAGCUAUUGUUCACCCCAACAUAUUCUCCCGAUCUUAACCCUAUUGAGCUUUGUUUCAAUAAAAUAAAAACAGAACUUAACGGACGGUUUUCAGCCGACGUUCAUCGUAAUCUAAAAUUAGCUGUUGCAGAAGCGGUCGAAAGAAUAUCAGCGUUGGAUACGAGGAGGUUUUAUCGUCAUACAGCUUAUCUUUUUCCUUUCGUUGGGUGA